AUGGGCACCUGGACUGCGAACCUGUUUCAAAGCUUCUUGGACACAAGACGUGAGAAGUAUGGGGUGGACAAUUCCAAGACGCUCACAAGCAUGACGCACAUGGGAGGCAUCCUAGAAAAGCGAGGUCAGCUGAAAGGUGCCCUGGAGCAUUAUGGAGAAGCGAUGCAUGGCCGGAGGGAAGUUCUGGGGGACAAACAUCCCAAGACGCUGCAGAGCAUUGGAAAGAUGGAGCCUUGGCAUGGACAGACCUAUGAGGCCUUGAUCUUGGCACAGGAGGCCCUCUUUGGAUCCAAGAAGGCUUACGGCGAGCAGGCGCCAGACACGUUGGAUGCCUUGAACAACCUGGGAUCAGCGUGGAAGGCGCAGGGCGACUACAAGGAGGCUGAGAAGUGCUUCAGGGAUGCUUUCAAGAUGCGGCAUGAGAGUCUGGGCCCCAAGCAUCCGGACACCCUCACCAGCCUCAACAACUUGGCCUGCACGGUGGAUGCUCUUGGUCGACCCUCUGAAGCGGGCAAGCUGUAUCAGGAGUGCCUGGAGCGUCGCCGCACGGUUUUGGGACACUCUCAUCCGGACACCAUGACAAGUAUGAGCAAUCUGGCUUUGUACCUUCGAUCGAACGGGCAGAACGAAAAGGCCGGAGAGCUCUUUGAACAGGUGUUGGAUGGACGUCGAAAGAUCUUUGGAAUCAAACACAUGGACACCAUCAUAAGCAUGAACAACUGUGCCUCAAUCAUGCUGGAGCCUUGGAAGCAGAGGGAUCACGAUGUGUGA